CUUCUCUUCACAUCGACGACAACGACGGGGACCGCAACUCUGCAGGACCGCACAAUAUGGCUCCCUUCCGAGGACAUCUACUUCCAUCGCAGAGAGCUCUGCUUGCUGUCACAGCCAUGGGGCUAGUGAUGUUUUCUGACAUCGCCCAAGCCUUUGAGCUGCCCAGCUUCGUCAGCAAGUACGUCGACAGCAAGCGCCUCCACGAACUGGCUGGAGCAGACAAGGGCUACGAGUUCACAGUCAUGAACCAGAAGAUGCACUUCAAGCCCGACGAAUGGCGAAUGGAGGCCGUCCUGCUUGGAGCAUCGCUCCUCUACCUCUUCUUGCACUUCACCGGCAAAGCCCGCAAUCGUAGCCUCGUUACCACCUGGGUCAGGACUGCCAUGCCGCUGCUCGAGGACGAGUUUGCAGCCGUCGCCAAGCGCGAUGACGGCUCGGGUGAAGGGAAGCUCAUCUGGAAUGGCGGCAGCCAGGCGCUGCUCUAUGCCAGCGGUCGGCGAGGCAUCGAGGGCCUACACGUCUUGUUCGAGCUCAAGCCUUUCCACGAUCCUCUCGAGUUGCUCUACAACUUUGUCUGGGACAUUGCCACGGCGAGCCCCGUGGCCUCUUCGCGGGACGUCAUCACACUGACGUUCAUGCUGCCCUACCUCAAUCCGGACAACGUGGGCGGUGUCUUUGCCCUCGUCGACAAGAGUGUGCUUCGCGCGACGCGCAAGGGCCGCUUUGAUCUGACGUUUGCCAAGGUCAUUGACGCCGAAAAUGCGGCCGAGCAGCGAAGCCUCGACAAUCGCUUCGCCAUCAUGAGCGAGAACGGCGAGCUGACAGACGCACUCCUGGGUGAGAUUGGGGACCGGGGCGCCAACCAGCGACACAAAGUGGGGCUCCAGGCCGCCCUCAACGGCGACGGCGGCCAUCUUCUCGAGAGCCUCGUCCUGAGCGACCAGCCAAAGGCUCGGCCUGAAGUCGGACCCGUGCCCGUCGCCGAGCGUGCGCGAACGCUGACGCUGACGCUUCGGGUGCCCCGGAGCCACGCCCAGGCCAAGGACUCGCUCGCUCUCGUCGAGUCUGCCUGCAACCUCGUCGACGCCCUCGAGCUCGGCCACGCCAAGCUGUCGGCCAGCACUGUUUCGAAGCUGCGCGCGACACGUGCGCAGGUCGACAAGGACAUUGAGGAAGAGGCGUCCAAGUACGACCGAGAGGAGCAGGAAGAGGCGCGCCAGGCUGCCAAGAAGAAGGCAGAGCAGGAAAAGUUUGACAAGCUCAGCCCGGCCGAGCAGGAGAAGAGGAAGCAGGUGGAGAAGAAGCGGCAGAUGAGAAAGGCCCAGGGCAAGCAGGUCAAGGCUCGUUGAUGGCGCGCGAGCCAGUGUCGCCACCGGCAGGCACAAUUCAAAAGCAAAGAGGGCUCUAUCCUGCUCCUUAUUUGUGCAAUACAUUGAGACAGAAGGGGGUAGUCACGCUGGUGAAGUGAAAAGAGUCAAAAAAGGAAUGAAUAGCAUUUUUACACCAUGUC